UCAUAACGGACGGUUCAUAUCAUCAUCGGAAAAUAAACAUUUAAUUGAUUCGUCAGCAAAAUCACUUAAUUGAUGACCCGUACGAAUAGUUUAAAUUAAUUUAGAUAUUACGAAUAGCAGCUGCAUGCAUAUAAGUGAGAAUUUAAAUAUUUUCGGUUGUACUUGAAGGCGAAUAGUUUCAAAGAAACUUCUAUCCAGAGGAAGCAAAAUGUUUGCAGUAUGGGCGCGGCAAGAUUACCUGAAGCCAAGAUCGCAAUUUCCGCGGGAAACAGAAAAGGAUAAAAAAAGAAUCAUCGACCCCAUAGACUCAAUACCAGUAAAGAUACCAGAUGACGAAGCUAAAAUAGAAAAACCAAAGGUUGAAGAGCCUGAACCAGUGUCGUUUUUCAAACUUUAUUCAUAUGCGUCGACUCGCGACCGAAUUUGCAUUUUUUUUGGAAUUAUUGGAACAAUAAUAACUGGGAGCACGGCCCCAGCUAACACAUUAAUUUUUGGGACUCUUGUCGAAUCGAUGGUAGCUCAAAAUGGUUACGCAGUUCCAUCGUCCGCAAAUGCUUCCAAUAUUACGGAUACGGAGAGACAAUUAAUGGUCGAGUGGUUUAGAAACGAAGUGAAAUGGUAUGCGAUUCACAGUUGCAUAUUAGGUGCAGUUAUGUUGCUGGGAACGUAUUUCGCUAUCAUGCUAUUCAAUGUUGCUGCACAUAAUCAAAUUUUCAGGAUACGAGGCAAGUUUCUCAAAGCAGUUCUCAAUCAAGACAUAUCAUGGUAUGAUUUGAAUCAGAGUGGUGAAUUUGCAAGCCGAAUGAAUGAAGAUCUUACCAAACUGGAAGAUGGUCUUGGCGAAAAAGUGGUAAUGUUCCUUCAUUUCAUGAUUGCAUUCAUUGGAUCUACAAUAUUAGCCUUAGCAAAAGGAUGGCAAUUAGCCUUAGUGUGUAUGUCAUCACUUCCAGUCUCAUUCAUCGUUGUCGGUAUAAUAGCAAUGAUAACCGGUAAAUUGGCCAAACAAGAAAUGUCUGCCUUCGCAAAAGCGGGCGCAGUAGCCGAAGAAGUGUUUGGAGCGAUAAGAACGGUGGUGGGAUUUAGUGGACAGGACAAAGAGGCCAAUCGUUAUGCGACAAAUUUGGUGGAUGCUCGGAAAGUGAAUAUAAAAAAAAGUUUUUUCGCUGGACUAGGAUUCGGUAUGUUGUGGUUUUUCAUCUACGCCAUGUAUGCUUUAUCGUUUUGGUACGGUGUGGGACUUGUCAUCGAUCAUAGACUAUUGCCUGCAAACGAUCGGGUGUAUACAGCGGGUGUCAUGUUUACGGUAUUUUUUUCCGUUAUGAUGGGUGCGAUGAGUUUAGGAGCCUCAUCGCCAUUCAUUGAGUCCUUUGGAAUUGCGAAAGGAGCUGCAGCUAAGGUUUUUCAAAUAAUUGAAAACCGACCACUAAUCAAUCCCUUAGCUGAUACCGGAGAUAUUCCGUACUCAUGCCAAGGCAACAUUUCGUUUCAAAAUGUUUCUUUCAAUUAUCCUAGUCGAUCGGAUGUUAACGUUUUACAGGGCGUUAACCUGUCGAUCAAUCAAGGCAAGGUCGUUGCAUUGGUCGGGUCAAGCGGAUGCGGUAAGUCGAGCUGUCUCCAAUUAAUUCAAAGAUUUUAUGAUCCGGAUCAGGGAGCAAUUGUAUUGGAUAAUCGAAAGUUGACCGAACUGAAUGUUAAUUGGCUCCGGCAAAAAAUUGGUGUAGUUGGCCAAGAACCGGUACUUUUCGGCACGAGUAUACUAGAAAAUAUUCGUUACGGCCACGAGAGUGCCACUGUCGAAGAAAUUGAAACAGCGGCGAAAAUCGCAAAUGCUCACAAUUUCAUAUCGAAAUUGCCACAGGGCUACAAUACGUUGGUUGGAGAACGUGGUGCUCAAAUGAGUGUUGGUCAGAAACAGAGAAUUGCCAUUGCAAGAGCAUUAGUCAAGAAUCCUAAAAUUUUGCUACUGGAUGAGGCUACAUCAGCUUUGGAUAUGGCGAGCGAAGCUAAGGUUCAAGCAGCUUUGGAAACGGCAAGUCGUGGAAGAACGACUAUUAUUGUCGCUCAUCGUUUGUCGACUAUACGUAAUGCUGACAAAAUCAUUGUUCUGAGUGAUGGCCAGGUUGUCGAGCAAGGUGGACAUGCAGAACUUAUGCAACUCGGUGGCCAUUAUCAUGCAUUGGUUACAACUCAAAUGGGAAAUGUUGAAAGAGAUGGCGAAAUGACCGAAAGUUCGCUCAUCGUGAAAGAUUAUGAUGAGGAUGCAAAGGAGGUCGAUGUGAUUGCCGAGGAGGAUGAAACACAGAAUUCGAAAGCCCCGGUGAUAUCAAUUUGGGAGGUCUUAAAGUGGAACAGACGUGAAUGGGUGUACAUAACAAUUGGAUCGAUUUGUUCGAUUGUUAUGGGAGCUGCAAUGCCUCUAUUUUCAAUACUAUUCGGUGAAAUCGUCGGUGUCGUAGGUCUAUCGGAACCUGAUGUGGUGCGACGAGAGACUGACAUGUACAGUUUGUAUUUCGUGCUAACUGGAAUUUUGGUUGGAGCCGCAACAUUCAUACAAAUCUGGACAUACGGAGUGGCUGGUGAAUAUCUGACGGAAAGAUUACGCGCCAAAGCGUUCACUCAAAUGUUACGGCAGGAAAUUGCUUGGUUCGAUGAUAAAUCGAAUGGAACUGGAUCAUUAUGUGCUAGAUUAUCAGCAGACGCAGCCGCCGUGCAAGGAGCAACGGGUCAACGUGUUGGAAGUAUUUUAUCUUCGAUAUCUACACUAUGUCUUGGUAUUGGCAUCGCAAUGUAUUAUGAAUGGCGUCUCGGGUUUGUAGCCUUGGCAUUCGCUCCAUUUAUGCUUGUCGGAUCUUACACUGACAUUAAACUGAUGAAGCAGCAAAAUUUGGGAAAUGGCAAAGCACUGGAAAGGUCCACGAAAGUUGCGGUUGAAGCCGUUGGAAACAUUCGAACGGUUGUUUCGUUGGGACGUGAGAGGAUGUUCUACAAAAUGUACGUUGAUAUACUGGAGCCAACCGUCCAAAAUGCUAAGAGAGUGACUCAUAUGCGCGGUAUUGUCUAUGGGCUGGCUCGGUCUAUUUGGUUUUUCGCGUAUGCGGCUUGUAUGGUCUAUGGCGGAGAGCUGGUUGCUAACAAUGAGGUUGGCAUUGCUACCGUGUUCGUAGUUACUCAGGCCCUUGUAAUGGGCAGUGCGUCGAUAGCAAAUAGUUUAGCAUUCGCUCCGAAUUUCCAUGAGGGAAUAAUUGCAGCCGCAAAAGUGAAACAACUUCUUGACAGAAAGCCGAAAAUUACAGAUCCUCAACUGGUCAUGAUUAACGACAAAAAGUGGGAGUCUGAAGGUCACGUUGCAUUCGAUAAAACUGAAUUUUUUUACCAAUCAAGGCCGACCAGUCAAAUUCUACAAGGCCUAAAUCUACGAAUUAUCGCUGGCCAAAGUGUUGCAUUGGUCGGAGCAUCGGGAUGUGGAAAAUCAACCAGCAUUCAGCUACUGCUUCGUUACUACGAUGCCGUCGAUGGAUCAGUUUCGAUCGAUGAAAAUGAUGUCACCUCGGUUACGUUGAAGAAUCUACGCAAUCAGAUCGGCAUGGUAUCACAAGAACCGUCGCUGUUCGACCGAACCAUAGCUGAAAACAUUGCUUACGGUGAUAAUACGAGAGAAGUCUCUAACGAAGAAAUAGUCGAAGCAGCCAAAUUGGCAAACAUUCACAAUUUUGUUGCUUCAUUGCCAUUGGGAUACGAAACAAGAUUGGGUAACAAAGGCACGCAACUCUCAGGUGGACAAAAGCAACGCAUUGCCAUAUCACGUGCACUGAUUCGGAAUCCAAAAAUCCUGUUAUUGGACGAGGCCACUUCGGCACUGGACAUGGAAAAUGAGAAGGUCGUUCAAGAGGCAUUGAUAAUGGCUAGUAAGGGCAGAACAUGCAUCACAAUUGCUCAUCGAUUGAGUACCAUUGUUGAUUCGGACAUCAUUUUCGUCAUUAAUAUGGGCAAAGUGGUUGAACAAGGGACGCAUAAGGAGUUACUGAAUUUGAGGGGAUUCUACCAUAGUCUGUACACCUUGCAGGCGGGUAUCAAAUAGUUCAAUUUAUGAGGUACAGUUUUUCUAUUUCUAUUAAAUCGAGUUCAA